AUGGCAUUCAGCAUGGGAGCUCUGAACCCGGAACUGGGACCUGAACUUCCAGAUCUCUAUGCGGAGGAGGUCGGUUUCAAAGGUGUUUCCGGCGACAGCGACAUCCAAUUCCUUUCUACACCCUGGCCUGCCGACGCGCUUCCAGCCCCGUCCUCCACUUUACUCGCCGUCGCGGCCACCAAAGGCAUCGCGGUCGGUGCGAGCCCCAAUUCCUUGUCAAUUGCGACCACCGAAUCCAUUAGAGCGGCAAUAUCCUCGAAAGAUGGGAAGGAGAAGGUCAAGACAAAGCCGUUUCAACCGCAGGCAACUAUCUCGCUCCCCGGACGACCUACACAUAUCGCCUUUGCCUCUGAUGACACCGCGCUGGUGCUUGCUACUGAGAAUGGAUCUCAGCUCUCGGUUUUUGAGACAGGCAGCCUACUUCAGCCCAAUGCGCAGCCCGCCAUAUCCAUUCCUACCAACGGCGCCACUUUCCGAACUGUCGCGCCUAACCCAGCACAAGCAGGGGAUUCCCAUUCAUCACUAGUUGCUUUGGUUACAGUUGCUGGCGAGCUCUUGAUUGCAGACCUCAAGGCCGGCAAUCUUGUCGCGGGGCCCAGCGGGAACAUUUUGAAGACUGAUGUCAGCUCUGUUUGCUGGAGUAACAAAGGAAAACAACUUGUAGCUGGUCUGGUGGACGGAACUGGUUAUCAGAUGACGCCGGAAGGCACGCAGAAGGACAUCAUCCCCAGACCUUCCGACCUAACAGAUCCUUGCCACGUAUCUUCCAUCGCGUGGCUUGAGAACGAUAUCUUCUUAAUGGUGUAUACUCCGAAUGUUGCAGAAGAUGAUAUGGGGAUGACACCCUCAUCAUCGUACUAUAUCAUCACCAGACGAAAGCAACAAUCCUUCCUGGCACAAAGGCUGCCUGAAUUGGCUAGUCCUUUUGGUUAUAAACGCGCACCGGCUUACCAGUUCAUCGCUCGGAUCCGAGGCUACAAGCCCCAUCUGACCGACGCUCUAAUUGUGUCUUCUACAGCCUCUGCAGAUGUCGGACUGAUUACUAGGUCCUCUCAAGCGCUAGCAAGUGAUGAUACUGCUAAAUCUAUCGUGGGGCAAUUUGCUACGACCGAAGUGAACGAUGACUCAAAAAAGGCCUCUGUUCCUUUGAAGGACUCGAUCGAUGAAACCUCUGUGAUAGGGUUAGGACUCGACCUUUCCAGUUCGGAAGUCGUCAUAGCCCCGAUAUACGGAGAGGACAUCGCUGAGAGUUCGACCCCGUUGCCCAAUCUCCUCCUUUUGAAUCACGAGGGUAUAUUAUGCUCUUGGUGGUUCAUUUACAACGACUCAAUCCGGCAAAAAAUACCGUACGAUGGUUUAGCUUCUGCCAAAACGCAACUACCGCCUGCACUACAACCACAAGCAACACAACCGCAGCCCGCGGCGCAGUCGGCUUUUGAGCAGUCGUCCUUCGGCAGCCCGGCUGCACUAUCUACUUUUGGCUCCUCGGGCUUCGGGAAGCCAUCUGCGGUACCUUCGUUCGGUAGUCCGUCGGCUCUAGGAAAGCCACAGCAAUCUACAUUUGGACAGUCUUCUUUUGGUGCACCGGCCUUUGGUACGCCCGCUGCAUUGGGCUCAAAUGCGCCGCAAUUCGGUCAAUCCGGCUUUGGGCAACCGUCAACACCUGGAAAGUCUCUUUUCGGGUCAUCUGGUGCACCGACAGGCGGUGGCUUUGGCUCGUUCGCGAAUGCAAACGGCGGGAGUGGUUUUGCCAGUCUCGCUACGUCGAAACCCUCUGAAGGGUCACCGUUUGGCAAAUUGCCUACGGAAAACCCUUUCGGGAAGUCUUCUGGAACCUCCGCAUUUGGUGCCCAGUCGGAAACCACAGCGUUCGGGUCUCAAAAGACGGAGGAGUCCAAGGGAGGUUUCGGCUUAGGGACCACCGGGUUUGCCGUCGGAUCAACUUUCAAGGGAGAUGGCACUGCGGUCAAUGAUGCCCCAAAACCAGACAAGCCUUCUGGAUUGUUCUCAUUCGGCUCAUCUUUCGAUGAGAUGGUUUCCACACCUAACAAAACUAGUCCCCCCACAGAAGCCAUGGAUGACAUUGAGGACUCGAGAGCUCCCACUCAGAACCUUCCGGAGUCAAGGCAACCAGCAACAUCCAUUUUUGGCGCUCCUUCGAAGCAGACCACCGAGUUAUCAAUGUUCGGAUCUCUCGGGUCUCAGUCGCAAACCCAGUCGCCUUUCGGCUCAGCGCAAACGAGCAAGUCUCCAUUCUCAGUGCUGGGCAGUAAUAACACCAAAAACGAAGCACCUAGCCCUUCGUCGGCUCCCUCGGAGAAGACUGCACUUGCUAGUUCACCUUUCACUAAAGCCAAGUCACCAGAACCGGAGCCGCCCCUUCCUCCUGACUCUACAAGCAAGGCCGUGUAUGGACCAGGUGAUACAUCGGCGUCUUCAAAUGUCUCUAAAAGUUCUGUGGAUGAUGCACCUCUACCACCGGACUUUACGACGUCGCGGAAGUCUCCGGAACCCGAAAGUGAGAAACCUCUGCCUCCUGACUUCACCAUAAAGCCGAAGAAAGAGGAACCAGAGGACGAAGGGGCAGCGGAAGAAGCACCGUUGCCUCCCGAUUUUACGAAGCCAAUUAAGCCUUUCGCAAAAGGGCCUCCAUCUGUUCCGGACGAAUCGGACGCAGGCUCAGAACCAGGCCUAGAUGCAGGUUCAGACGCUGAUUCGGACGCAGGUUCAGACGCAGCUGAAUCAGAAAGAGGUCCCCCUGAUGAUGACUCUGAGUUUGAAGACAGCGGUGAAGAUAUUACGCACGAAGUCAAUGCACCAAGCGUUGAAUCAUCACCAGAGAGCUCUUUUGAUGACAAACAGACGGAUGAAAGUCCAGCUGGUGGGAUCUUUGGCAAUAACAAAUCACGUCAGCUCUUUGGGGAAAUAAGCAAGCCUUUGUUUCCCAAGGCAGCCGAACCUCCUAGGUCCCCUAGUCCCGUCCGCCCUCCGCGCAACCGAAAAGGCCUUCCGAACCUUGAAAAUCUCCGGUCUGUCAGUGCUCCUCACAAACCAGGAGAUGCUCUCGCUGCCCGGAAAGCCUCUCUCUCUGAACUAGCCAAGCGCGAAGAGCAACGAAAACCGGGGCGCCGUACUCGGGAACCUCAACCAGCCGAGGCGGAAGAAGAAGCUUUAUCGGAUGAUGAAGACGAGCGACUUCGUGCGGAUCUCAACCGGCCUCUGGAACCCGUACCUACCCUAGAUCCAUUCCUGCCUCACCAGGAUUACACGGGCGAAACCACGAAACCCGGCAUCCCUGGCCAAAUUGAGAGGCUUUACCGCGAUAUCAACUCUAUGGUGGACACUCUGGGGAUCAAUGCACGCUCUCUAUCAUCUUUCCUCCUGUACCAACAAGGCUCAACUGACUCCGAUUGGGUUAGCGUUCUAAAAAGCGAUAGCCCAACCGAUAUUCUAGACGAGAAACUCUUUCUCCGGCAAAUCGAGGACCUGGAUUCCACGGUCAGCACUCUUGCGGGGUUUCUGGAAGAGAACCGAGUACAAGGGGUUGAAGAUAAGCUCGAGGCUUGCCGAGAAUUGCUGAGUAACGACAUUCUCACGCUUCGUAGUCAGUGUGCCAGUAUCAGAAAAACUCUUGAUGCGUACACCGAUGCUGCAGCAAUAGUUUCCGCGCCCCUUUCGGCCGAGCAGGCCAACCUCCAACAAGAUCUACGAACAUCAUCCGCCGAUAUCCAAACGAAAUUGGCAGAUCUGGAGUCUGCGGUAUCUCUACUGCGAGCUAAGAUUGCCGAUGCUCCCCGCGUCGAUGGGUCGCGGUUGACCACUAGACGUCCCACAGUUGAGAAUGUUACAUCAACAAUCGCGAAGAUGAUGAACAUGGUCGAAAGCAAGAGCGGUGAUAUUGAUGUGUUAGAAGUCCAAAUGAAAAAGCUAGGCUUUGAUACAUCGGCUGCUCCCUCAAGCCGAGAGGGAUCUCCCUUCGCGACACCAAGAAAGGGCCUGAGCAAACUUCCAGUUACUCCAGGAUCUCGCGAUGACCCUGUCAGCUUAUACCACACGCCUGACUCCAGCUCCAGGGGCGUCAACUUUCGUUCAAGCAUAAAUGGCUCGGCAAAAGCAAGCAGACUUCGUCUCGUGGAAAUGGUCAGCGAUGUGGGUAACAAGAGGGAGAUCGCGCAAUGGAGGGCAAAAAUGCAGCGCAAGCAGCAUCUUAUGGGAAGCCUCAGGAAAGCUAUUGAGGAGAAGAAAACGAACGUCCGGAGUGUGGAUGAUCUAUAG